GGAAAAGCAAAAAGGACUGAUUCUUUCCUUGAAUGAGUAUUUUGGGGUGUCCGUUCUCCAAGAGGGCAGCUGGCCGCCCUCGGCGUGACAGCCCCUCACCACUGAUGCUUUCACUUGUCCCGCCUGAAGAUGAAAAUCUAGGCCUUCCUGGCCAAGGGGGCAAGAUCCAGGAUCUCGGGGAGCCUGUGGUGACUCAGCCUUCCAGAGGGGAGAGCCGCCAGCCCCUCAUUGCCACCCUCACCCGAUCCGGCGGGAACUGGAACUCUGGCCUCUUUGGGGUCUGCAGAGACAAGCAAAUCUGUUUCUGUGGUCUGUGCUGUCUCCUCUGUCUGGAGUGUGACCUCGCUCGGCAUUAUGGAGAAUGUUUGUGCUGGCCAUUGCUGCCGGGUUCCACCCUCGCGUUAAGAGUUGGCACCAGGGAGAGGCACAAAAUAAAAGGAACGUUGUGCGAAGACUGGAUGGUCGUGCAUUGCUGCUGGCCUUUCGCUGUCUGCCAAAUGGCCCGCGAGCUGACCUCAAGGGCGGGCCCCAAGCUGUACGAAGUCUGCUUCACCCAGCAUUUAAAAAAGAGUCACCGCAGGAGCUGCAACUGGGCCACCUCUGAGGCCCUCUGAGAAUGGGCAUUAAAGAGAUCUUUUUUCAA